AUGUCUAGAAGAAAGGCUCCAUAUGAACGAAUAGAUCGCGAUGUUGCGAGACGCUAUGAGCUCAUCUCCCGUAUUGGACGCGGGUGCUAUGGUGUGGUCUUUGAGGUCAUGCUGCGGGACCCAACGAAAUUUGAGAAAUUCGCCAUGAAGAAGAUUCUCUACGCCUUCAACAAUGCCACAGAUGCACAAAGGACUUACCGAGAGAUCUCUUACUUGAUGGAGUUCGGCAGCCACACCAACAUCCUCUAUGUCCAUGAUGUGCUGGUCUCUGCAGAUGAUAAACACCUCUACUUAGUGACCGAUCUGAUGGAGUCGGACCUUUGCAAGGCGAUCAAGUGCAACUGCCUCACUGAAGUGCACAAGCCCUUGAUCGCACAUCAGAUCCUUCGAGCUCUGAAGUAUAUCCAUUCCGCCGGCGUGAUGCAUCGGGAUUUGAAGCCGGGGAACAUUCUUCUGGAUCGGAGCGGGCAGGAGCCAGGCAUGGCUGCGCCAUCUUUUCAAGCGCCAGAUGUGGCAAGAAGUCCGAGGACACCGAUGGCUGCAAAGCCCAAAGCAGGUCUAGCAUUGAGUGCCAGUAUCUAUGCCGGCUGGCAGCUGCACCAGGCAAUUCGGGCUGAGGAAGAUCCAUGGCAGCAUCAUUUGGGGCAGGAUGCCCAGUUGCUGGAGCUCGAGCGCCACAAGCUCCUCCACGGCCGCCAAGACAAACAAUUUAUUUGGCAGACCUGCACAGGUCCUGGCAAGAUAGAGGAAUGCAAGAUCUACCGGUGCGCGCGUGGAGAAGUUGAUCGUGAAGUCUCCCUUGAUGCGCCUGAGGUUCUCGAGGGGAAGACCCGCAUUUGUGCUGUCCUUCACGUCGGACAUGAACUCAAUGGGCAUCCCGGAUUGCUGCAUGGUGGCUUUACAUCUGCAAUCUUAGACGAUUUCACAGGCUUAGCUACUUGGAUGGAGAAAGACGCUCAGGACCUUGGCCAAGAUGCCAAGAUCUUCACGGCGCAUUUGGAUUUGAGCUAUCGACGUCCUUUGCCCGCCAACUCAGAAUACCUGGUGGAGGUGUGUGUCGAUCGGGUCGAGCGGCAAAAGAAGGUCUUCUUAACUGCGGCGAUCUAUGACCGAUCUGGACACGCAUGUGUCAAAGCCCGGGUGCUUUAUAUUGUGAAGAAAGCUGCGCCGAAGCCUUGA